ACGGGUGGAGAAAAAAAGGUUGUACAUCACGCUGCUGCAGCUCAGUGCGAGGACAGAGUCACCUCAGAGACUCACACUGAGAGUCCAGUCUGAGGAAGAUGCAGCAUACUUCUCCACCACAGUGACUUACAACCUGGAUAUUCGAGCAGUAGACCCACAUUUCCUACUGGAUAUAUAACUGAGACCUGACGUGGAAGAAGAAAGACCAUGCCUGAGGAAAAAGCAGUCGGAAAGACGCCCCUCAUACUGACAGCAGCAGCAGUAAACAAACCUGACUGCCCAGUGCUCCUCUUCACAUGAAACAGAAGACCUGGACACACCGCAGCCUGACAGUACAACGCCACCACAUCUAACGGACUUAAUAACAAACAUUUCAGCAGCAGGCGGUGCACGGUCCCCUGGAGCAGUCUAAGGGGCCGCCCCAGAGCGGGCCCAUUCUGUGUCAGAACUGUGGCAAGGCCUGCAAGGGGGAGGUGCUGCGAGUGCAGAACAAACACUUCCACAUAAAGUGCUUCGUCUGUAAAGUGUGUGGCUGUGACCUGGCACAGGGAGGGUUUUUCGUACGGCAGGGCGAGUAUAUUUGCACUCUGGAUUAUCAGCGUCUAUAUGGCACCCGCUGCUUCAGCUGUGAGCAGUUUAUCGAAGGGGAGGUGGUGUCCGCUCUGGGCAAGACGUAUCACCCACGCUGCUUUGUGUGUGCUAUGUGCAAACAGCCGUUUCCUGCAGGCGACCGUGUGACGUUUAAUGGGAAAGAGUGCAUCUGUCAGAAAUGCACUCAGCCUCUCCCUGCCAACAGCCCAGCACCCGUUCAGGCUGUUCAUAAUUGCUGUGGCUGUGGUAAGGAGUUUAAGAAUGAGCAGUCUUUGGUGGCACUGGAUAAGCACUGGCAUCUUGGCUGCUUCAAGUGCAAAGUCUGCAAUAAAGUACUCAAUGCAGAGUACAUCAGCAAGGAUGGAAUUCCAUACUGUGAGAUGGACUACCACGCGAUGUACGGCAUCCAGUGUGAGAACUGCAAGAAGUACAUCACAGGGAAAGUCCUGGAGGCUGGAGAUAAACACUACCAUCCCACAUGUGCCAGAUGUGUGCGCUGUGAGCAGAUGUUUGGAGAGGGGGAGGAGAUGUACCUGCAAGGUUCUUCCAUCUGGCACCCUCCUUGCAGACAGGCAGCACGUAUGGAGGAGAAGAGUAAGAAACAGGUGCGGAUACAGCUCAAUGACCUGCGUCUCAAUGUACCUGAGCAGGUGACCAGGACCUCCUCUGAGAGCAUCACCUCCGCUCCUGCCUCCAGUGCAUCUGGAUCUCCUAGCAGAGUUAUCUAUGCAAAGCUGGGUGAUGAAUUCCUGGACUAUAAGGACCUUGCGGCUCUUCCUAAAAUAAAGGCAAUCUAUAACAUCGACAGACCUGACAUGCUCUCCUACUCUCCUUAUGUCAGCUACCCUGCAGAGGAGAGGACUUAUGGAGAGUCACCCCAGUUGCUCACCCCUACUCCAACAGAGGGAGAUGGGGAAAAAUCACCCCGUCAGAGGAGACCCUCAAGCCCCAGCUCCAAUAGCUCUUUGGGUGGCUAUGGCCGCUACACCCCCUCUCGCUCACCCCAAACAUACAGCAGACCAGAACAAUAUCUGAGCAGUAGAUACACCCCACAACCCGGAAGUUCCAACUCGCUGCCCGUGUACACUGCGGGUAGGUAUGGUGGCCACUGUAGUCCCAGGGACUCCUCUUCACUGCCCAGUGGUGGUAGAAAUACUCCACAGGCAGGGAGUGGGGGUGUGGCUCUCCCCUUAAACCCCACCACCCUGGCCAUGCUCCAACAGCACAACUACAUCCCCUACUUCAGAGGUAGUGAAAGUGGCCGCAGUACCCCCAGCCUCUCCACCUACUCCGAUGGCAAAUCCCCCUCUUCUACAUACGUGGCUGCACCUAAGCAUUUCCACAUACCAGAUACUAAAGCCAAAGAUAAUAUCUAUAGAAAACCCCCUAUCUACAAACAGCAUGCCUCCAGAGCAUCUUGGCAAGAUGGGGAUGACCCAGACAGAAAGACCAGAACUAGUUGGACGAUUCUAAAGAGUGAGAUUGAUGGACAGUCACCAGACAUUGACCCCAGGACUUCCACCCACAGCCUGCCCACAGACAUGUCUCAGCCCAAUUUCCCCUACAAUAAGUCUGCCUCUCUGCCGGGUUAUGGGCGAAACGGCAUCUACAAGGCAGCUGAUCUUGGAGAAGAUGAUCAUGACUCCAACUGGGGCGCAAUGAGAGAGUAUAAGGUAUACCCAUAUGACAUGCUGGCUGUGACCCAUAGAGUCAGAGUGAAGCUACCGCGUGAUGUCGACCGCACCAGACUAGAGAGGCACUUGUCACCAGAGGAGUUCUUCCAGGUUUUUGGGAUGACCAUUGAACAGUUUGACCGCUUGGCUUUGUGGAAGCGAAACGACUUGAAGAAAAGAGCACGCUUGUUCUAAAGUCCCCCCGGCGAACUGCUCUACUCAUCUGGCCUGCGUAUAUGGAGAGAUGAGGGAAAAAUAAAAUUAUAUAUGCACUUCCGUUCUGCUGCAUACUUGCUGUCAUCUCAUCUCACGCUGAAGAAGAGAGGAGCGUGCAGGACACUGUCACUUUUGCAGCCACAGUGUUAGCCACCUAGCUUUGUGUACAAAUGCAACACUAUACGUGUCUGAAUGUUGUUCAAACAGGGAGGGAGGAAAGAGUGUGGACUCUAUACGCCUCUGCUUCUGUCUUUGGGCUGUCUCUUUCUUGCUUAUCUUUGUGAUACAUGCAUUCUGGGCUUUAGAAUAUAAGCCACUUUCUCUACGUUUUUAUACCGUUGGAAACCAUGCCUGUCUUAUCUGUGUUUGUGUGUAUGCUAGUGCGUUGCUUCAGUGUGUUCUUCUCUUUUUAAUGCUGUCAGAUUGUCCAGGUUCUUUGUUUGCUCUAAUGAAAAAAAAGCUUUGAAUUUAUUUGAUUGAAAUGUGUACAUCAUUGCCGCAUGAAUAUAUAUUACAACACAAUUGUUUCAGUUUUGCUAUGUUUGGCAGUAAUUGUGUUGAUGUAAUAUGUCUUAUUGGUGUGGAAUCCUCUGUAUGUACACAUUUGAAUUAUGCACUGUAAAAAAGGAUUUGUUGUUAACUUAAAAAGGUAAGUAAUAUGGCUGUAAGGUAGUCUCAGUUUGCAGAUGCAUUUGUUUUUUCUGCAAUUAGUUUGGAAAAUUGCCUUCUGCUAGACUUCAUGCUAAAACAGUGGUGAUUGAUUGGUUAUUUUACAUGCCAGUCAAAUGGCCCUUUCCUGUCAAAGUAGGCGAUUCCUGGCCAUGUUAUGCCACAAAAUACAUGGGAUACAAGAGAACCUGACCUUGUUAACUUAAAUGUUUGAGGUCAGUGAACUCAAAAUCCUACCAGGUUAACCAGGUUACAUAAUUUUUCAAGUUAAAAACUCACAUAGUUUUUAGUGUGGCUUGCAAUAAUUUCUGAAUAACAUGAAAUUCUAGCUUAGCAAGGUAGCAGUUAGAACUGUUUCUACUGAUUUCAACUUAAAUAACUUUCACAUAGUGUGGUGACAUAAAUAUAUGACGCACUGUAGUUGUGCAUCUCUCACUAAAGAAAAGCCACCCAGCUGAAAUCGAGGUUUUUGUUGGUUCUGCUGUGUGGUUAUAAAUUUAAUUUAUCUGCUAAUUUUUAAAACAAGCAGGCUUAAUCAGAAAUUGGUGGGGCAUCACCCUUUUACUUUAAAAAGUGGUAGAAUGCCAGCUAGCUUGCUGAUCCAAGAGCAAACUAAAAAACAACUUUUUGAGGCAGCCAGGUUAACCUACUUUUCAAGAUAAAACCAUUUUUACAGUGUUUAAAUUCAAUGAAUCACCUUUUACAGUGGUUUAUCUUUAUAUGUCUGCGUCAGAUGUCUUCUUCGGUCUGUUUCUCCUCUAAACUGUCUGUUGUCCUCCAUUCAUUUUUGCUUGCCCCUCUCUUCCUCUGCUUCCUCAACACAUGACUCAGUUACAGCUUGGUGUGUGAUACUUAUCGUGCUAUUUGGAGCUCGCUGGAAGCUCAUUCAAUCCUCUGGGGCUUCAGCAUGAAUGAGCCAAAGACUCUGCCUCAGCCUCGGCCAGCCAGAGCAACAGGUCAACCGUGUUUAGGUCAACACAACAGUGCACCUUAUACUGCGUUCUUUCUGCCUGCCUUGCCAUCGCUCCCUUUGCUAACAGUUGGAACAUGCCUCAGCCUGUUGCUUUUGCGUGUCUUAUUUUGGAGUGUCCUCACUGUGAGAUUUAGUUUGCAUCAAAAUCACGAUGAAUCAAUAAGCUAAAUAUGAUUUUUCAUGCAUUAAUAUCCCUUAUUAUUUAAAGGCAUAAACAUCAGAUUCAUAUUAUCAAAUGUUAUGGCCACACUGUAGCCUUUUUGAUUACAUUUAACACAUAUAACAUAUAAUGCACUUAAAACUUAUUUUUCUACUCUACUUCUGUCUCCUGCGAAGCUCAUGAAACACUUUAUCACAGUUUGCGUAUGACUGCAGCAUUGACUUUAGCAUGGAGACAUGCCAAGGUUGUAGCAUUUAGCCGCGCUAACCUACGCAGCACUUGUAACGCAUGUGGUUCAGUGAUGCUUCACUGAAAACCAAAUACAGUUGAGUUUCGUUUUCUCUGGUUCUGAAUAAAUGUGUGUACAUACAAUAUAUAAAUACCUGGAGCAGUUGCAGUGCCGCUUUGUUGGCAUGCACUGUAUGCAGUUGAAAUUAUAUUAGUCAUAACGAGUACUCUAGUAUCUCCUCAUACAUGGGUGGUUUGGUUUUGCUUUGCAUUGUGAACCAGAUUUACUGCAGCCUUUAUCACAUUUUAAUGUGUGAACAUGAAGAUGAACUUCAUUUUCCAGUCAUUCGUUAUGUUUUGGAAAUUGCAAUUGCAACCAAAUGUAACAUGGACUAAAGGCAUUUGUGCAUUUAGUCCCAUGAAUGUGGCAAAUGUGAUGUGAGAUUGUAGUUUAAGUAACAACAGCCCAUCUAAAGCAGCAGUAUCAGUUCAGGUACUGUGGACAGAAUCUUAUCAGAUACUAUCGAGUAAUACAAACCAACCUGGCUCACCAAUGUUUUCUUUUAAAAUGAUAAAAGACAUUUUUCUUCUUUUCUCGAAUUCUAACCUGUUAAAUCCAGAUGUAUAAGAUAAAGGUUCUAUAGGCACGUUUAGUGUCUCAUUUAUUGAAUAUCUUCAUACAUAACUUCUAUAUCUUGUUCUAUAUCAUAAAAUCUUUAUGUUUUAAUAUAUUUUAUUGCACAACAAGGCAAUACACUAUCCAUUGCAUUUAUUUAACGUUACUGUAGAAUGUGCACAAGCAGCUUAUAUGUGAACAUUUUUCAUGCAGUCAUAUCUGGGUUUCGCCAAUCAUGCCAAAGUGUUCCACUCACAUGGUCGGACAUAUCUCUCAUUUUUAGUAUAUUUGUGUGCACAUGCAUACGCAUGCAUAACCGGAAGGCUUCCCCAAUGGACCAUGCUGGGUUGGGUUGCAUGGAAAUUCUGCUUUAGUCUUAUUUGAACAGCUGUAGGCGCUUGUGUUUGUGUGUGUAUGUGUAUGUGUGUCAGCAUCCGUCUCUGGGAACGCGUCGGUGGAUCACGUAAGAUAAGUCAAGUACAGAUCUUCAGGCUGCUUCAUUGUUGUUCUCUCCUUGAAAAAACAGUGAAAAUCAGAACCGGGCUUGUCCCACAGCCGAUCAGCUCAUAGAUCUGCUUGCUUUGGUCGAGUCUGUGUUUUAUGAUACUCUGGUUUGCUUUUGAAUUCAACCACCCAAUGAUGUAAUCAGCAAUUUUAUUUUGUUUUUGUGAUAGAAAACUUCAUGUAAUAAAAAAAAGUCUAUCUGAGUGUGUGAAAGUGAGAUAUUGGAGAGUGGCCUAAAUGAGCUGUGAUCAGGCAAUUUUAGAGGCCAGUGUAGCCACAUUGCUGAUUAUGGUUCAUACCUUGGAGUGAAUAAGUUUAGCCAAACUAUGUUUUUUAUUUGUAAGUUUGGGACUUUUUUCUUCUUCUUCUUUUCUUUGUAAAAGUGUAUUUGUUUUGCAAAACAUGUUGAAUGUAACACAAAAAAGACAGAGUUGCCAACCAGUAAAAUUUGUUUGGGUUUUUUGUUUAUUUGUUUGUUUUUUUGUGCUGUGUAUGAAUUAACACCUGCAUAUCCUCAGAUAUAAAUCUAGGCCAAUGCUGUCAUUUUGAUGUAGUUGUGGCUGAGCAAAAGUUAUAGAUUUGGGGAAAUGUGAAGGUUUAAAUCUAUACUGUUACUAAGCCUUAAUGGCUUUUUGUCUUCAUUUGCUUUGCUGGUUUGCAAAAAGUACUGAUGUUCAUCUUUCAAUAAAUGUUUCAUUCGGCUAGUU